AUGGCUCGUCGCAUCGCCAUGAGCUUCCUAUGUUCACUUGUUGCCGUCCUGCUGAUCGUCCAUGUGAGAGCAAGCGAUGAGGCCGCAUUGCUUGCUUUCAAAGCGCAGCUCAGCCAUGGCGGCUCGCUGGCCUCCUGGAACAGCAGCACCAGCUUCUGCAGCUGGGGAGGCAUCACAUGCAAUCACCGGAGGCCAGCGCGGGUGGUGGCGCUAAGAUUGAAUGGCGCCGGGCUCAUCGGAGCACUCUCCCCGGCCAUCGGGAAUCUCACAUUCCUGCAGACACUCAACCUGAGCUUUAACUCACUCCACGGGGACAUUCCGGCUAGCCUCAGCCACCUCCAUCACCUGCAGAAUCUCAUCUUGAAUGACAACUCCUUCUCCGGCACAUUACCUGUGAACCUGAGCUCCUGCAUCAGCAUGACCAAAAUGAAGCUGCGCAACAACAAGCUUGGCGGGCGCAUCCCGUCUGAACUCGGCGAGAAGCUCACGUUCCUGGCAGUGCUCUCGCUGAGAAAAAACAGCUUCACAGGGCCCAUCCCGGCAUCACUGGCCAAUCUGUCCUAUCUACAAUUCCUGGAUCUCUCCAGUAACCAGCUCGUGAGCUCAAUUCCACCAGAGCUCGGAAGUUUCCAGAGCAUGCAAUAUUUCAAUCUCGCCCUAAACAACCUCUCCGGUAUGAUCCCACCUUCUCUCUACAACUGGUCGUCCUUGGAAGUAUUUGAUGUAGGAGUUAAUAUGUUGCAUGGAAGCAUUCCCGAUGAUAUCGGAAGCAGGUUCCCCAAGUUGGAAAGUCUUUACUUGGGUACCAAUGACUUCACAGGAAUCAUCCCUUCCUCAAUAUCCAACAUAUCUUCUCUCAGAUCACUUGACCUCGUGCAUAACACAUUUAGUGGGUAUAUGCCUCCCACUUGGGGGAGGCUCGGAGCUCUCCAAUAUCUAAACUUGGCACACAAUAAAAUUGAAGCGAAUGACAACAAGGGGUGGGAAUUCAUCACAUCAUUGGCAAACUGCAGCCAACUGCAGGUAUUGGCACUCAGCAACAAUUCUUUUGGAGGACAACUACCGGGUUCAAUUGUGAACCUCUCAACGGCUCUCCAGCAGUUAUACUUAACGGACCAUAGGGUCUGUGGGAGUAUUCCUGCAGAUGUCGGCAACUUGGUUGGUUUGCAAUUACUUAUGAUAGCAAAUACUUCCAUAUCUGGAGUGAUUCCAGAGAGCAUCGGUAAGCUAGAAAACUUGAUCGAGUUAUUCCUGUAUAAUAAUAGCUUGUAUGGCCUCAUACCGUCAUCGCUAGGGAACCUUUCGCAGUUGGGUAUCCUUGCUGCACACAAUGGCAACUUGGAGGGGCCAAUUCCAACAAGCCUGGGGGAGUUGAAAAAACUUUUUAUACUCGAUCUGGCAAUGAACUAUAGACUUAAUGGUACAAUACCUAGAGAGAUUUUGGAAUUGCCUAGCCUUUCUUGGGGACUGGACUUGUCGUACAAUUCCCUUUCUGGACGCAUUCCUGAUGAAGUCCGUAGCUUGACAAACCUAAACCAACUGAUUCUAUCAGGAAACCAGUUAUCUGGCAAGAUACCCGACAGUAUUCAAAAUUGCAUAGUGUUGGAACGGCUAUUCUUAGACAACAAUUCCUUUGAGGGAAGCAUACCUCAGUCACUGACAAAUAUAAAGGGCCUUAGUGUAUUGAACCUGGCCAUGAAUAAGUUCUCUGGUGAGGUGCCAAACGAAGGUGUUUUCAGAAACAUCACUUACUUAGCAGUUGUGGGGAAUAUCAAUUUGUGUGGUGGUACACCUCAACUUCAUUUGGCUCCAUGCUCCAUAAGCAAGAACAGAAAAAGGAUGCCAAAGUUUCUAGCAAUUUCUCUGGCGACAACAGGAGCAAUCUUAUUCUCGCUUUCAGUUAUUCUUCUUCUUUGGAUACUUUGUAAGAAACUCAAACCAAGCCAGAAGACAUUAGCACAAUAUUCAAUUGUUGAUGACCAUUACAAGAGAAUCCCCUAUCAUGCAUUAUUGAGAGGAACUAAUGGAUUUUCAAAAGUCAACUUGCUUGGGAGAGGAAGUUAUGGUGCAGUUUAUAAGUGUGCUUUGGACACUGAUGAAAGAACAUUGGCUGUCAAGGUGUUUAAUAUUGGUCAAUCUAGGUAUUCCAAGAGUUUUGAGGCUGAAUGUGAGGCCAUGAGAAGGAUACGACACCGUUGUCUCAUUAAGAUCAUUGCUUCUUGUUCGAGCAUCAACCACCAAAGUCAAGAGUUCAAGGCAUUGGUUUUUGAGUUCAUGCCUAAUGGCAACUUGGAUGGCUGGCUUCAUCCGAAAUCUCAAGAGCCCACUAUAAACAACACGAUCAGCCUUGCCCAGAGGCUUGAUAUUGCUGUUGAUAUUAUGGACGCAGUAGAGUAUCUGCACAACUACUGUCAACCAUUGGUAAUCCAUUGCGACCUUAAGCCAAGCAACAUUCUUCUUGCUGAAGACAUGAGCGCACGAGUUGGAGACUUUGGCAUAUCAAGGAUCCUUCAUGAAAAUACAAGAGAGGGGAUGCAAACUUCAUAUGGGUCAACUGGAAUUAGAGGUUCCAUAGGAUAUCUUGCUCCAGAGUAUGGAGAAGGCUCUGUAGUCUCAACAGCUGGUGAUAUUUAUAGUCUUGGCAUAUUGCUGCUUGAGAUGUUUACCGGAAGGAGCCCAACAGAAGGCACGUUCAGAGAUUCAUUGGAUUUGCAUAAGUUUGUCAAGGAUGCUUUUCCAGAAAGAACCUUUGAGAUAGCUGACCCAACAAUGUGGUUGCACGGCGGACAACAUGAUAACGCUGCAAGUAUUAGAAUCCAGGAGUGCUUGCUGCGUAUUCUGGUGCUGGGCAGCCUCUUCAUCCAGUGCUUCCUCUUCUUCUCCUCCGUGGUGCGCAGGUGUGCUCUUCCAUCUUGGCUCAGACUGUUUAUGUGGCUUGCCUACCUAGGCGGGGAUGCUCUGGCAAUAUACGCCCUGGCCACCCUCUUCAACCGCCACAAGCAGCUGCCCGCCAAUGGGAGCGGCCUCGAGGUCCUGUGGACGCCUAUCCUCCACAUCCACCUCUGGGGCCAGCACCCGAUGACUGCCUACAACAUCGAAGACAACGAGCUGUGGGCGCGGCAUGCCAUAACCGUGGUGUCCCAGGUCACGGUGGCCCUCUAUGUGUUCUGCAAGUCGUGGUCCGGGGAGAAGAGGUUACUGCAGGCCGCAAUCUUGUUGUUCGUCGUUGGGAUCAUUAGAUCCAUCCAGAAGCCAUGGGCUCUGAAGAACGCCAGUAUCAGUGGCAUGGUCGCCUCUUCCUUCCCAUCCGCGCGAAGGGAACAAGAUAGGUUGUUGAAACACAUGCUCCGUAUGUCAUUUGGGAUCCUCUACACAAAAAUGACGAUGAUAUUCAGUGGCCUUGGCUGUUGUUUGCAUCUCUUGCUUCCAUUCCUGACCUUAGCUUCUGCCAUCCUCUUCUUCACAAGCCAGAAAUAUCAUGACUACAAGGCAACAGAUGUCAAGAUAACUUACAUCUUGUUCUUUUGUACCAUGUUGCUGGAUUUCCUAUUGCUAUUGCUCGGUCCUUGGGUCGCAUUCUUUGGAUUUGUUAAGGUUCCCCAAUAUAGUUUCUGGUCGUUCUGUGCUCGUAAAAAGAAGCCCACUAUUUUGAUGAAGCUUGCCAUAGCUGUCUGCUGCAAGGACUAUGUUAACAUGCAUUGUUAUAUAGAACAAGAACCAGCGGGAUCCUUAGCAGUUACAGAGUUGAUUAUUGGAUAUGUGACGGAUGGGUGGAAACAAUACAUCCACGACGCUGCCAGCUACAGGAGGUUCAAUAGCCGCAGGGGCCACUGGACUCUGCGGACGCAUCGUCAUCUGGGGUGGAGCUUGAACAUGGCGUUCGACAGAAGCGUCCUCCUCUGGCACAUCGCCACAAACCUCUGCUUUCACCACCAAAGAACAACCCCUUACGGCCAACGUCGCGCCGCUCGAAGCAGAGUGAUAUCCCACCACAUGGCUUACCUGCUUUCCAUCAGUCCUGAGAUGUUGAUGCUCGGAACUAGGAACAGUAUCUUCACUGUUGCCUGUGAUGAUGUCGAGAUCAUGAUGGGUGGCAUGUUAGUACCGGACGUAAGAGGACUUGCACAGGGAAUUCUUCACAGGGCUCAACAACCUCCCUCGUCACACACCAGCAAGAUAGGAGCUUUGGUUCCCAAUGCAUGCAGGCUUGCUGAAGCGUUGAUGGAGCUGCGCGAUGAAGGGGAGAGGUGGAAGGUGGUCCAGGGGGUAUGGGUGGAGAUGCUAUGCUACUCUGCCGGUAGGUGCAGGGGGUACUUGCAUGCCAAGAACAUGAGUGAAGGCCCGGAGCUGCUCUCUCAAGUUUGGCUCCUCUUGUCAUUCAUGGGGAUGGAGACGUCCGUCGACAGGUAUCAGAAGCCGGAGCCUCCCGAAACCAAGGAAGAACAAGAAGAAGGUGGUGAAGGCAGAUCCGUCGAGCACGAGAUCCAUAUAUCUGUUUAA